GCGCCGCUCUCUCCACUGUUUGCAUUGUGUCUGAUCUGAAGCGAGAGCCGGACCGGCGAGGCCGUCCUUCGAAUAUUAAACCCCCACCCCCCCACCCCGGCAAUGUCGGGCAGGUCGGUCCGAGCGGAGACCCGGAGCAGGGCCAAGGAUGACAUCAAGCGGGUUAUGGCCGCUAUUGAGAAAGUACGAAAAUGGGAGAAGAAAUGGGUGACGGUGGGAGACACGUCACUUCGUAUCUACAAAUGGGUGCCAGUGACGGAGCCCAAGUCGGAUGACAAAAACAAGAACAAGAAGAAGGGCAAGGAUGAGAAAUAUGGUUCUGAGUUGACGACUCCAGAGAACAGUUCCUCUCCUGGCAUGAUGGACAUGCACGACGACAACAGUAACCAGAGCUCCAUCGCCGAUUCGUCGCCUGUCAAACAGGAAACCAGCUGUAGUACCAGUCCAGCACCCGAGUCCACCGGCGUGUCUCACCGCGAAAACGGCGACGUCAAGACUGAGCAAAGUCCUGAUACCAAGAGGGUCCUCCCAGGUAAGAGUCUGGUGACUGCAGAAGUGACGGAUCGCAGCGUAAAGCGAGAUGCUGACAAAGACUCCUUGGAGACUAAAGCCACUCAGGAUGUGGACCAAGAGGCCCCACCCACCAAGAAGUGUAAAGUGGAGUCUCAGGACUUUGAGGAGACUUAAAGGUUCCUCGAUGCCUCCCCUCCAUUAACUCUAUCAGGGCUAAUGGACACACACACACACACACACACACACUCAACACCCCCCACCCGUACCACAGGGAGAAUUGACACCGCCCCCCCCCAACCUAAUCCCUUGUUUCCACCACGGAUGUUAGAAAUUUGAUGCCGCGCUUCCAGUCCACCAACAAGGAGAAUCCCCCUGAAUUGAGAUCAGGAAGGAUUCCGAGCGUUGGGUUGGGGGGUUUGGGGGGUGUUCCUGGAUGGUCCCGCUAGACUGAUUUUAGGAUUUCUUUUCCUCAGGAGGGUCAACGCACUGUUACAUAAAAUGGAUCAUGGGAAAAAAACGUGCUGCUGUUAUUGGAGGUCUCUUCUCUCUCUCCAUGGAGGGGGUGUCCCGUUUUUUUUACCGAAGGCGGCUUGUGUUGCCAUCUUUUUGGUUUUGCCUUAAAAAUUCAUCCCUGACGAGCACCCCCACAGGUUUAGUAAGCUCAGCGUAGUAUAGCACAAAGUCAGGCAGCAAUAUCCCACUUUUUACUGUUACGCUGCCUCGUAGGACGAGAGGAAGGGAGUUUAUGGGGCAAUCUUUUAUUUUGCCUUAAAAUUUAGUCCAUAUGAAAAAAAGAGAAGAGAUCGCCAUCAUCCCACACUACAGGUUCAGUUAGCUUGGUGUAUUUUAAAGUCUUGAAGCAAGGGGGGGAGGGUAAUCCAAGAAAGCCAGGUGGACUUGUUCUAGGCUUGAUGUUAACUUCCUGCUCUGUUUUUUUCAUUGAAUUAUCCAGGUGACCAAAUAAGGUUAGCGUAUUUUAGCAUAAAGUCUUCGGUCAUGAGUAAACCAGAAAAUAGGACAACAAAGUGAUUCUUGUUUGGCUUGAAGCUAAACUUCUGGCCCCCGUUUAUUUUAAUAGAAUUAUCCAGGUGACCAACAUCAAAACUCCUGACAAGCAUCAUAAAAGUCUGAAAACAGGAGAAAACCAGGAAAUAGGACAGACAGCAAGCUCCGUUUGGCCCACCACUUUAGGGUCCAAUGCUAAAUCCCUUUUCUUUUUUUUUUCUUUUUUCCAUUUAUCUGAGCUCUCAAUAAUGUUUACGUAGCUUAGGAUAAAGUCUAGAAGCAGGAGGAAAUGUAAUACAGGAAAAUAGGACAACAAAGUGAGGAAAUUAUCAGGGUGACGGUUAUUUCGACUCCCGAUAAGGUUAGCGUUGCUUAGCAUAAAGUCUAGAUGCAGGAUAGACAGAGCGAUGAGCGUUUGUCCCAUUGCUUCCGGGCUUGAUGCCUAACUUCCUUCUCGUUUUUUAAUGUCAUCCUGCGUAGUUUAGCAAAAAGUUAGUGAGCAGGAGGAAAACAGGAACUAGGACAACAAAGUGAGGUCUGUUUAACUUGAUGCUAACUUCCUGUAUUUUUUUUUUAACGGAAUUAUCCAGGUGACCGUCGUCCCAACUGUCAAUAAAGUUAGCAUUGUUUGGCAUUAAGGAAACAUAAUCCAGGAAAUAGGACACAGCGAGGAGUGUUUGGCUCAAAGCUAACUUCCUGACCACAAAAUGUUUUUCGCAUUUUGUCGUUUCUUGUGCAGUCUAAUGACUGGAUGAGCGUGGCUCUACUUGAUAUUCCUACAGGUAGCAGACUGGCUAGCCGGCUAGCUAGCGGGUGCGCUCACAUGGCCGGAGAGAAGAGACGCUGUUCGUAGGAUGGAUUAGCAUAUACCUCAUUCCCAGUCCAGCUGCGCUGGAGUUUCCAAUGCUAUUCUCUUUGACACUGACAGUGUAAUUAGCAUUAAUACACUCACUCACUUUUUCAACACGUAGCUUUUCACCCCAGGAGUUUGUUUCUAAAUGUGUUCACAGUGUGAAAAAUUCAAUCUCGUACCUUUAUUUUUCCUUUUCCUUACGCCUUCUGGACCAUUUUUGGUUAUCUUUCGAACUUGUACAGAUUUAUUCUUUGGUUUGACUUAUUUAUUCCAUCAGUAGUGCUCUGUUUUUAUCGUCCAAUGGUUUUUGUUUUCUUAAUAAAACUCUUAAAACGU